CUUUUUAUCUCCUAUAAACAAAAAAAAAAAAAGACUCCCACUUUCUUUUCAUACAUUGUCUUCUUCUGGCUCUUCUCUUACAGGACUCUGCAAAAUGCCCCUUCUUUCAUGGCUACUACCCUUUGUUUUACUAGCCUUGUUUCAGUUUCCGACAGGUUGGAGCUUGAAGAACCACCAUGGAAAGCGAAUGUUCCAAACGAACCAAACCACCUGUGCAUUGUUCUCCGGCACUUGGGUCCGUGAUGAUACUUAUCCGUUGUACAAAUAUUCCGACUGUCCACUCAUUGAUGCUGAAUUCAACUGCCAAAUGUACGGGAGACCCGAUUCUGAUUACCUCAAAUACCGAUGGCAGCCUCACGAUUGUGUGCUCCCGAGGUUCAAUGGGCUCGUGUUUUUGUCGAAGAUGAGAGGGAAACACGUGAUGUUUGUUGGUGAUUCUCUGGGAAGGAAUCAGUGGGAGUCUUUGAUUUGUAUGAUCUCAGCUUCAGCUCCCAAAAUGCAGACUCGGAUGAGCAGAGGAGAUCCUCUCUCCACCUUCAAGUUCGUUGACUAUGGUUUAUCGGUAUCGUUCUAUAGAGCUCCAUAUUUGGUAGACAUAGAUAUGGUUGGAGGGAGGAGAAUUCUCAAGUUAGACGACAUACAUUCACAUGGAAACGCCUGGAGAAACGAAGACGUGCUGGUGUUCAACACAGGCCAUUGGUGGAGUCAUAAAGGAUCCCUCCAAGGGUGGGAUUUGAUCGAAACGGGGGGUAAAUAUUACAAGGACAUUGAUCGUUUGGUUGCAUUGGACAAAGGGUUGAGAACAUGGGCUAAUUGGGUCGACAACAAUGUCGACACAACUAAAACCAGAGUCUUUUUCCAAUCAAUUUCCCCUACACACUAUGAUCCGACUGAAUGGAGCGCUAGAGCAACCACGGUGGCGACGAAAAACUGUUACGGAGAAACAGCGCCAAUGACCGGAACUGCCUACCCCGGCACGUACCCUAACCAGAAGAGAGUGGUGGAUGAAGUCAUCGGAGAAAUGCACGCCCCUACAUAUUUGUUGGACAUAACCAUGCUUUCUGAGCUCAGGAAAGAUGGGCACCCUUCAAUUUACAGUGGUGGUUUGAGCCCUGCUCAGAGGGCUAAGCCGGACCGCUCAGCUGAUUGUAGCCAUUGGUGCCUCCCUGGAUUGCCUGAUACUUGGAAUGAACUAUUUUAUGCUGCCUUGUUCCAUUAAGUUGCUUGUGGUUUACGUAUUGUAUAAUUAAUAACUAGUACUAAUUGUGAUUAUAGGUUUGCAGACGGUGCAAAACUGCACUCGACCCUGU